AUGCAUAUUUUUAAUAUAUAUAAUAUUUUAUUUGCUUGCCUUAUAGGCAUUGUAUUCUCAUCUGGUGUUGAUGAGGUUCAGUUAGAUCCUAUUAACAAUUACAAUUCAAGGAAUUUAAAGAAAUCCAAAUUGUUACCAAAGCAAAAGAGAUACAUUUUGGAUAUUUAUUCCUUUGGGAAUACAUGUGUAAUUGAUUAUGAAAAUAUAUGUGAAACUACAGACUAUAAUAUCCUUGUUAAAGAUGGAAUAAGUGGACAUAGUGUUAAGAUUAUGUUGGUUCAAAAGGAAAAAAGUGAUAUCAUAUCAGUACAUACUUUAAUGGGAAAAUUUAACGAACACAGAGAUGUAUAUUUCCGUUUUAUAAAUAUUCCCUCAUUACACUAUGAUAUUAUUGUAGAAGUUUCAGACUUAAUAUAUAAUCAAGAUUAUGAUAUUGGAAAAGGAUGUCAUUGCAUAUCGUGUACUGAUUUUACAAGAGAAAUAAGUUUGAAUAAUAUGGAAAAUAACAUUAUACAUAAAACAAGAAGUGACAAGAAAAAUAGAUUAACAUACCCUCAAAAAUCAUUUGUUAAUGGACAUAACUUAUUUAACAAAUUUUUAUUUUUCCAUUCUGAAAUAAAUUCUAGUACUAUUGAAAAUUAUCAAACAUUAUAUGAAAAUUAUCAUGAAUUGGUAUCUCCAUGUUCUGGAGUUAUUAUGACUCAUUCAGAGAAAUAUAACAUUCAUUAUGAUAUUACGUCAUCAAAUGUUCAUUGUUACCAUGUAUAUUUAGUAGACAAAUUUAUGAAUAAAUUAAAUAUGAACAAAAAGGUUAGUGAUGAGAAUAUAAAAUUUAAGAAUGCUAUAAUGAUCUCAUUCGGAAAAAAAGAUAGUGAUCAACUAAUAGAGAUUAUAAAUAAUCAAAAUAUAAACCUUCCCUUAAUGUAUGACAAUAGUUAUUAUAUACCUAGAGGUACUGUUCAAGGAAGUUUAGUAAAAAUCAAUACUAAUCGUAUUCUUUCAAAAGCCAAAUAUAUAUAUAAAAAUAAUAUGUACAAUAGAAUGGAAUAUGUGCACAUGUUCAGAAUUUUAUUUCAAUUAUAUGCACAAUAUAAUAAGAUAUCAAAUGAAAAAAUGUUAUAUUAUACUACUGGUUUGCAUUUACCAGAUCAUAGUACACAUGUAAAUCAACCAAAUAACGGCAUAUAUGCAUUAGAAUUGGCAGUCUUAUUAAAUUCAUUGAACUUUGAAUUUAAUGCAGAAACUAUUGGAUUAAACGAUAAUGUUGUGAUUAAAAAAGAGAAAGAUUUUAUUUCAGAGUAUGGUACAAAUGUAUACGCACAAAUAGUAAAUAAUCAAUUAAUAUUAAGAGAAUUAUCAUCAGAAAUAUGUUUAUUAAUAUUAGAAUCUAUAGCUCGUGAAUUUAGUAUGUAUAUAAAUAAUAAAUUAAAAAGUUCUUUAAAAAAUAAAUGUUACAUUAUGAGAAUUGGUAAUAGUUAUGCUAACUUAUCUACAAUGUAUUAUACAUAUGAAUUAGAUUGUAACAUGACUUUGUAUUAUCAAGAAUUUCAUUUAUCCGAUGAUAUUAUGAUUAAACGCCAUAUAACGAACAAAACUUUAUUUGAAGAUGUCAGUAUUGAACUUGUUUAUAAUGAAAUAUUUGCGUAUUCUGUAUAUGUGCAUGCACAUUUAGAUAGAAAAAAUGUCGAUACAUUAAAAAAGUUUGUAUCAAAAUAUGUAAAUAACAACAGUAUCAUAAGUAUUCUAGUAGUUGGACGUAAAAGUGAUAGAACAGAAACAUUUGUAGAUUUUGAAUUAAAAAAAAUAUCGUUUUCAAUUAAUUGUAUUGAGAAUUGUACAAACAUAGAACCAAUAGUAAUAGAAGAUAAUUACGAUUAUAUAGCUAUAAGUAAAAUAUGUAUAGAGAAUAAUAAUGGAUUAUCUACUAUAUGUUUUCCUGAGUAUACAUUUUCAUAUAUAUUUGAUACUAGAUUAUUGAGAGUACAUACGUUAAGUAUCAAUCCAUAUCCUGAAGUAGUAUUAACUGUUGAAACUCAUACUGAAAUAACUGAAUCGUAUUAUUGUGUUUUGAUACCUCAUAUACCUAUAAUACCAAAUACAUUUUUCCCCAUUAAUUAUAAUGAUAAGGUAUGUAAAGAAUACAUAAAUCGUUGUCACCUUAUAACAUCUAAAGUGUUGAUUAAUAAUGCGAAAGUACCAAAUGCUAUAAAGGAUUUACAUGGUAAUUUAAAAUUAUCCUUCUUAACCAAUUUUAACGAAAGACAUGAAGAAAUGUUACAAGUAGUAUAUACAUCAAAUUUUAGUUCUGAUAAGGAGGAACAUAUAUUAACUCAUUAUAGUAACAGUUUGUACACAAAUAUGCAUAAUAAUAUGAUGCAUUCUAGUCGCGAGAAAGUAAUGUUUAAUUCUUCUGUGAAUAAGGAAUCGUACGAUUUGCAUUCAAAUGAUGAUGAUAAUUUUUAUGAUUAUGAAUCAUUAUUAGAAUUAAAAGAAUUUAAUAUAAAAAUAUAUAAUGAGUUAAUAUAUAACAAUGAAUUAAUCAUACAUAUACAAACAUCCAAGAAUGAUGAUAUAUCAUUAUAUCCUUUUGGUCAAAUUAAUGUAAAUUAUAAUAAGAUAAAGAAGAAUGUCUAUAUGAAAUUUAUGAAUGAUUACAUAUACUUUUAUGAUGAGAAAGAGGAGGGAUAUAAUGAAAGUAUGUCUAUUAUACCAUCAGCACGAUCUAUGCCUUCGAGUCAUAAUCCAUUUGUGAAUGUAUCUCCUUAUACUUAUGAAUGUUUAGGUGCAUAUGCAUAUUUAAUGAACAAGUUCAAUAUAUUAGUGAAUGGCUCCUUAAAUUGUGAGGCAAUAAAUAUGAUAAUAGAAGUGUUAUUGAAGGGUAAAAUGGGUAAAUAUUUCAUAGGAAAUAAUAAGAAUAAGAUAUAUUUAAAUUUUUAUAAACGUGAUAAAGGUUCAUUAGAUGUUUUUGAUUUAGUUGAAAUGGGGAUAUAUGAAUCUCAUGGAAUUCCAUUAAAGCCAACUAAGGUAUACAAAUUGAAUGUUAGUAUUGAUGAAUAUAAUCAGAAUUUGCUUUAUGCUCAUAAAAAUUUGAAAUAUCCUAAUAAAUAUUAUUCUAACGUUUACAUUUUGAUGUUCAAGGUAGCCUAUUUGUUUAAUAAUUACGACUUUUAUACAUUCUUUUAUGAUUUAACUGGAAUACGUUUAAUAGAUUCUAAUGUUAUCAGUAAUAUAGGUCAAUUACCAAAACAAGAUAGAGAAAAUAUAGGAAGUGUGCACGAAUUAUUAAAAGGCAAAUUUGGUAUAUCUAUUGAUAGGCACACGACCUCUUUUGAAGAAUUAUUAAACGAGAUAUCAUUAUUGGCAGCAUAUAUAGUAGAAUUAACAUCGUCAUAUAAAUUGAGUGCGACAGCUUUAAAUAAUAAUUCAAGUACAAUUUCUACAAAUAAAAAUUAUAAUUAUGUAACUCCUUUUGCUGAGAUAAAAUAUUUCGUAUAUAUAGAUGAGUUCAAAUAUAAGAAUGAAAAAUAUGAUAUCAACGAAAUGAUGUAUCACAUGUCACAAUGGGAUGUAUUGUUGAUAAAAAAGAAAAUUCUUUGUUGUUCUAAUUUUGUGGAUGAAGUAGAAAAUUCCCUUAAAUAUUUUAUUUUAUAUAAAUACAUAAGUAAUGACAAUAAAAUAUUUAUACCUUCAGAUAAUAGAAACAUGAUAACUAAGGCAAAUAACAUAAUACAGAAAAUGUUAGAAAGACCUAUUGAAUCUAUUGAUGUAUGUGAAUAUGGAGAAGAUGAAAUAUUAUUUACAAUACAAUUAAUAAUGUCAAAAUCUGGAUAUGUGUCAAAACUGAUACCAAAUGAACCUGCACAUGUGGAAUGUAUAAAUUUGGAUAUGAUUGAUUAUAAUGAAAAUGUUAUAAAUAAUUUUUAUACUGCUGCUGAUAGUAAUGGAAUAUUAGUAACUAUAACUAUGAAUAAAACAUUAUUGGAUAAUAUUAUAAAGAUACAAGAACAUACUACUAAUAAUAUGGAUUAUAUGGUAUACUUUUUAUACAGAAAUUUAUCAUACCCUUUUAUUGGAAAAUCCAAUAAAAAGGAAACUUUAGAAAUGAAAAGAUUUUUAUUGGUACAUGGUGGUGAACCUGUAAAUGAUAAAAAGUCAGAUAUAAUAUUUAAUACAUAUUUAGAUAUACUAAAUAAUGAUUCUAUUUUCAUGUUAGAGAAAAUAAUUUUUGUAUCUAAAAAUGGAGAUAAAAUAGUUAAAGAAUUGAAUGUAGAAUAUCAAACAUUUUUUGUUCAUCCAUUUAAUUUAUUAUUAUUAUUAAUAGAUAAUAAGCACCCAAACAAUGAAAGAAUUAGAACUUUUGAAACAUAUUAUAAUCAAACGCUUACAUGUAAUCAUUAUAAUAAUGGUUUACAAGUGUGUGAUAAUUAUCCUGAAUUUUCUUAUAAUGUGCAUUAUUCCCCAUUUUAUGUAUCUUAUUUAGAGAAUAAUCAAAGAAAGGACAUUUUAUUUACAAAAAGUGAAGUACUUCCUCAUGUGGUAAAUAAUUAUGCAAGUACUAUAUCUAAUAGAUAUAAUAUAAAAUUAGGAGGAAAAAUUAUGCAUCCAGAUAUAUAUAACACAGUCCAAACGAUAAUUCACGAGGUGGCAACUUCUGUUGGAACAUAUAAUUUAAAUACUUGUGGCACAUUAUAUUUGAAUAAUAAUCGAUUACAUUUGAUGAAUGAUAAAAAUUCGUUAAUUUCAAACAUAUGGUAUGAUAAUUAUAAUUGUAUAAAUAGAGGUGCGAUAUUUAGAGAAAUCAUAGAAAUAUGUCAUUUUGAAAAAGAGGAUUUGGCUAAUCUGUUUGGUGACUUACAAAGUAAUAUAUUACCCUAUACGUUGAACAAGAAAUUUUUUGAUAUAUUGACAAGAGAAGAAUUGAAGAUUUUAAUUUAUUAUUUUGUAUCUAUACCACCUCAAGUUAUAUCUUCCAUAAAAGAAUCAUCUAUCUAUUUAGAAAUAAGUGAAUUAAAAGAUGUAAAUAAAAAUAAUAGUAUGAUUAUCAUAAAAGACAAUAUACUAUAUAUCAAUAGGGAAAUGUUACAUAAUGUGGAAAAUAUCAAAGAAUCUUUUGUGUUAUUUAAUACCAAUUUAUAUUUGAAUAUAAUAAAAUAUGUACCUACAUCAAAUGAUGAAUUGUUAAUAAAAGAAUUAUGGGAUGUACAACAUUAUAUGGAAGAUUAUAUUUAUAAUAAUGAUGGAUGUAACAAUUCUUUUUUUACACACAGAGGUUAUUUAGAAUUGCCACAUAAUAUUUUAACAUAUCAUUAUCCAAGUUUUACUUAUAUAGAUAGGGAAGAGAUUUAUAUUAAGAAAAAACCAGAUUCACAUUUUUCUUUUAAUAAUGUAUUUUUAUAUGAAGGUCAAAAUUAUAUGAAGGAGAAAUACUUGAGUGCCAUUCUUGUUUUGUCCCCAUAUAAAUUUUCAUCAGUGGAAGAAGUUUCUUAUAUACGUAUAAUAGGUAAUUCCUUAGAUAAUAAAAAUCAGUUACUAUUAAAUUGUUAUCCUCGUAAAAAUUAUGAUAAUUCUUUUGUAAAAGAUUUUAAUUUGGAGCCUAAUUCCGUUUAUUUCGUUUGUAACAAUGUGUUAGUAAAAUAUUUGAAAAAUGGUUUAUAUGAAUUUAAUAAUUAUUUCAUUCAAUAUGAAAAGGAUGGAGAAAUAACUCGUCAAAUCCUUGAGCCUAUGCCAGUAAGGCCAGUAUAUGAAGUAAAAAAUAAUAACAUUUUAUUACCGGUUGAUGAGGAAAAGAUAUCCAUAAUUAUAAAGAACAUAAAUAAGGGAGGUAAUAAAAACGAUAGUGUAGUUAAAUAUUUAAUAUAUGUAUGUUCAGAUUCAAUUAUAUUACAUGAAAACCCUUAUAUGGUCGUCAAACCGAUAUUUACUUUAAAAUCAUAUUUGUAUAAUAUAAGCACACAUAUAAUUGAUGAUUAUAUGUCUUAUAAAUAUCCAAGAAAAUUAAAGCAUUUGGAGUAUAUCAACAUCCCAUUUAUUCGAAGUAUAUUUAAAAGCAAUACAAUCGAUUUGUCAUUAGUACAUCAUAACAGGGUGGAAGAAGACCAUAAGGUGUGUACUGUGUAUGGUUUAGAAAUUUCUAAGAGUUAUGAGUUAAUAAGGGUGAUAAUACGGGAUAUAUUUAAUAAUGAAUUCGUGGUAAGUUUGGUUGAUGAACAAAUUUCAGUAGAUAAAAAUAAUAAUAAGGAUGAUGCUUUGCCUGAAAAGGAGAAAGAACCUGAAAUUGUUGAAAAACCAAUAACUGAUGAUAAAAAAGAGAGAUGGAAUCCAUUUUUAUUCAUCAUAGAAUGUGCUGACCCAAGUAAAGAAAAUGCACCAAAAGAAGAAUUGUAUUUUGUUGUAUAUACAAAAUGUAUUAUUCAUGAAGGACAAAUGUCUUUAAGAGUUACAGGAACAGAAUAUAUGAUAGACCGAAAUGUAGAUGUAUUGUUAACUCGUAAUAUCUUUGAUGUCAUAUACAAAAAUAUUCUUAAGAAGGCAACAUUAUUAAAUGGAGAUUAUUAUGUGCAUAUUUUAGGGAAUAUAGACAUAAUCGAUAAUAUUCGCUCUAUAAACGCUGAAACGAAUAUGCAUGUAGUGCGUGUAGAUAACAAUGGAAUGGACUAUAACGAAAAUAAGAAAAUGAUUAUAAGAACGGAUGCAAGAAAAAGAGAUUUUCCUAUUGAUUUGUAUAAUAAAAAAAAAAUAAGUAGAAAUACACAUAAUCCUGCUAUCCCAAAAGUUUUAUCAAGAAUUGAUAGGAAUGAAAAUAUACAAAAAAUUGAACAAAAAGUUGUUGUUCCAAAAAUUAGUUAUGUUAGAAAAGUGGACUGUUUAGUUAAUAUCAGUGAACUGCCUGAGAGUAGAAGCACAUCGGGUGAAUUAUUUAGAAAUUCCUACAUUUUAUUAACUGGUAAUUUAAGUUCUAGCACAUGUAAUGUACAAGUUAUUGAUGGGAAAUUUUUUGGAACGUGUGUCGAAGGGGAAUGUAUAUUAGAAGAAUCUUUUCUUAAGCGCAUGCUUGAAGACAGUACUCAUUUGAUUCACAAGGGUACACUGAAAGAUGGUAUAUAUGAAUUGAAAAUUGAAAAACGUGUACAUUUAGAUAAAGAAAUUGCAUUAUAUGAUAAUAUCAUCGGAAAUGGUUUAACAGACAUUAUUGCAUCAUCAGGUGGUAGUUUAACACCUUCAAAUUCGUUGUUACCACCUACGUCUUAUGUAUGUAUUAUUGAAAAGAUAACUGCUGGUGAUAAAACUGAUUUGUCACAAUUUAAAAAAAUUAUAGAAUUUGAAAGUGUUAAUAAAAUAAAAAAUGGAAGGUAUAAGAUAAAUAUGGUAAAUGGAGGAGAGUAUAUCAUUCAACCUAUAAGGGAUAGUGUAGCACACGAAAAUGAUGAAAUACUUAAAAACUGUAUAAGCAAAGCAUGGAGUACACCUAAGAAAGAGCAUACCGGAGGAAUAAUGUAUUACAUAAAAAUUAUAGAUACCAAAAAAUAUAAUGAAAAAGAAAAAAGAAAAGACAAUAUAUUAUAUGAUAAAGCGGAUAAAGAUGAAAGAGGAUAUUAUCUUUUAGUAACUAAAUCAAUGCAAGGAAAUAUACCAAAUCCUAUUGAUAAUAAGAUAAUACAUUUUGUGUCUAAGAAAAAUCUUUCUAAUUCGACAUAUUCUAUAAUAAUAAUAGAUGGUAAGGUAUAUAAACCGCUUGUUGGAAGUUCUUUUUCUUCAGAUUAUAGUAUUGAUUUAUUUAAAAAGGAGGAAGAAAAGUUUUUUUCAGAUUUAAUGAAAUUAUUAUAUGCUAAGCCCCAAAACGGUUUAUAUUACCUUCAAAUUUCUAAAGAGAAAAUAAACGAUAUGAAUCAUUAUGGUAUACAUGAUAUAAUAACUAUUCGAGAUAAUUCUUUUUUUUUUGAAGAGUUAGAUAAAGAGAAUGCACAAAACAACAUAGGAUAUCAUAUACUAAUAACAAAUACGCAUUUAGAAAAUGUAGGCACGAAUAAAGUGGAUGAAAUAUUUAUAGUGCAUAAUUAUUUUAUGAAACCAGGAUUAUAUUAUAUAACGGUGAAGGAUGGAAAAUAUAUUUUGGACGAUUUUAGUAGUGAUGAUAAAACUGAUAUAAAAGAAAAUGACAUAGAGGAUAUUAUAAAAUUGAGUGGCAAAAAAUUAUCGGAUGAUAUAUAUGAAAUAGUUAUUGAACGUGUGUACGCAAUAUUGGAAGGAAAAAAUAUAUAUUAUAAGAAAAUGGAAGAAAAAGAAGAAAACAUAAAAAAUGUAACAGCACCAGCACCACGUGUUGUUGAGCCAAAAAAACAGAAAACAUUUUUCAGAUCUUACGUGUACUUAUUGGAUAAUGGAAAAGGCGAAUCAUGUUCAUUCAAAAAAAUAAUAGAAGGAAGGUUAGAUAACAUAAAAAAUGGAAGAUAUAGUGUACAAGUCUUGAAUGGUUUUUAUUAUCCAUCUAUUAUAAGUGGACCACAAAUCAUAAAUGAUUAUAUCAAAACGAUAAUAGAUAAUGCAUGGUUCUUGGACGAUAAUAAAGAAAUACGAUAUUAUGUAGAUGUCCAUACGUAUCCAGAAAUAACAGAUAUAAGUACUGCUGAUCAGAUAAUAGGGGAAGAAUACUAUUAUAUCGUUUUGAAAUAUUUAGAUGGAGAACAAGAUGAAAGUUUUGAAAAAUCUCAGAAAAUCAAGAUAGUUGCUCAUAAUUUAGAAGUAGGAGAAUAUGAAAUUGAAGUAAUAGAUGAUAAUAAUUUCAUUGGAAAGGAUCUAUAUGGAAAUGAAAUGGAACCAAUGUUGGUGAAAAAUAUUAUUUUAUUAUCUUAUAGAAAAGUUAAAAAAGGAAAAUAUCACAUUACAAUUAUGAAACAUAUAGUAAAAAUAAAAGUCAAAAAUGAUAAUCAUUAUAAUAUAAAUAAUAUGAAUUGGUUACGAACUUUGGUAACAAAAGAUAACAACAGUAGUAACAACAUAAUCUUAUUACCCUAUGAACAACAAACAUUACCUUUGAAUACAAUAAAUUAUCCACCUAUCAACGAAAAUAGUAGUAUAAUAUCUGAAUAUCGUGCAAAGAAAUCUUCAAAUCGAAGUGUAGAAAUGACUCACUGUUCUUCUACGAACAAAUACAAUUGUAGAAAUUUAUUAAGAAGUAGAAGGAGAUUAGUUUAA